UUUUUUUUCUGCUAGCAUUUUAUAAAUGUCAAAAAUUGAACAGGAUAAAGCCCGAUUAAGAGAAUGUUUAUUAGAAGCACAUCAACUAGUAGGCGAAAAAGUGGAAAUUAAACAAGAAGGAUCGAUCGAAGACACACUGGUGACUCGACUUCAGAAUCUAAAUUUGACAUUUAAUGAAAAACAACCUAGAAGAGCAUUUGUAGAGGAAUGCUUAAGAGUAUUAUUAAAGACACAAAAUGCACUAUUAGAUGUGUGUGCAUCAGAAGAAAAUGAGAAUGAUAGGGAUUAUUUAGGUGUAAGAGAUUAUAGAUUAAUACACACAUUAUUACAAGUCAUUAUUUCAUGGGGAUUCUAUCCUUGUUUCUUGCCUGGUGUAGGUGUGCCGUUAUCAAAAAGAGUGAAAUCAGGAUAUACAAAUCAUGAAUUAUUGGCAAAAGAUGAAAAGGAUCAAGAAGAGAACACGAAAUCAAUAUCAAUAGAAUGUGUUCGUUCAUUAUUAAAGUUAGUAACACCACUAGUAGAUUUAAUUGCUCAAAGUGAAAAAGUACCGAAGAGUAAAGAAUAUACGACUGUAGCUUCUAUACUUGUGAAUCGUCAUUUACCUGACCUUUAUGCGGCUUUAUUACAAUUGGCUUAUGCACCUGCUUCAUCUUUUAAACAGACUACAACAAUAGCAAAUAGCAGUAUAAUGCCAAUAACGCCUGGAAACAUGAUGAUUCAAAAGGUAGUUAACGAUCAAACAUUAAAAAGAGAAGAAAGAGAUAAAUGUGCUCGUAUGUUUGUAUGGUUAUUUGAUCGAUCUGAUCUUUAUCGUACCAUGGAAUCACUUAUGUCUCUUUUGGGUGCUUCUUCUUCUUUACAUCCAGUACCAAACUGGCUUCGUACUAUAUGUGGACGUUAUUUGUCACGUAUUUUAUUGAAACCAAAAGGUGUAUCCAUUGUAUUAGAAUUUACAAUUGGACAAGUUGAACAAUUGCAAUUAACGCAAUUAGAAAGUAUUUCAAAAUUAAUCUUAUCUGUACCUCAACAAAUGGCAACGAUCGAAAGUUAUUACGCAGUUAUUACUCCACAAUUACUUGAAUUACUUGAAAGAGAAUCUGUUACAUCACCUACAUGUCAAGCAGUGACGUUUAUUAUUAGUCAAAUUAUUGCAAAACAUGCAGGUCUUGCAAAGACUUAUAUUGUAGAUAAAAUCAUUGGGCCCCUUUUAACUGCAUGGAAUAAUGAUACUACUACUACUACUACUACUACUACAGAGUCUAAUAAUAUAGAUCGUAUCGUAUUAUCUGAAAAUGAAUUAUCAAAGUUAUUGAAUACACUUCAUCGAGUUCUAAUUGGCGGAGAACCCUCUCCUGAUAUACUUCAAACCUUUUUAGCAUCUUCUAUACCUUGUCUCUAUUAUUUAUAUGAAUUUACUGUAAAAUCUAAAUCAGGUUUAAGAGAAAUGACUUUGGAACUUUUAUCAACUUAUUUUCGUAUCACAACACAAUCAGAUGCUAUUCGUGAAUUAAAACAUAUUUUAUUUGAUAAAGUUGAAUCAAGUAGUACACGAAUUGCUUAUUUUGCACCAGGUCCCACAGGUGGCGUUGUACUACGAUUAAGAAAGGAGCCAAAGUUAUUAGGAGCAAAUGAGCUUCCAGUGGAUGUAAAUAUAUUGAUGGAAUUUUUACAAAAGAUUGAAAAUGAAGAUUUAUGUGGGGAUUUCUUUAUCUUCUUGUUAAAUGAAUAUUCUUCUUUACAGUCAAGACGUAUAGCAGAUCCUAAAGUAAUGUUAUUAAUUCUUCAUUUAAUUAUGGGAAUGUUGGAUUCAAUUGGACCUACCAUUCUUGGAAAACCUGCACAGAUUAUAUCUUUUGCAAAUAAUAUUAUUGAAGAUCAUUUAGAGCGUAUGAUAAAGCCAACAAAAGAAAAAAAAGAAAGUAAAACAGGUUUUCCUGAUAUUGCUAAUAUUGUAAAUCAAGAAGAACUUGAAGAUAUACAUGAUGAGCAAUUUUCAAUCGAAGAUGAUUUUGAAUCCUUAAUUUUAGCUAUUAAUUUGCUAAGAGCUGUAUUACAUGAAAAUGAAGAGUUGGAUAAACAAUCAGUACAAUUAUUAAAAUCCUCGGUAGAACCUUUAAAAAAGUUAGAAAAGUAUGCUUUUGAGCCUGUAAAUGAAUUGUUAUUAGCAAUCACAUCUUAUUUAUCCAUACAAAAAAUGGAUGGGAAUUCAAAUAAUGAUAAGAAAUCAUCUUUAGAAGCAUCUAAACAAAAAUACCGCGAGGCCAUGAAAUCACUUCAAGAUGACUUAUUACCCAUUCGAGCUCAUGGUAUGGGUAUAUUAAAAGAAAUGGCUUUAGCCAAGGAUCCACUUGUAUCCUCAGGUGAAGGUCUAAAUGAACUGUUGGAUCUGUUUAUUCGCUUAGUCCAAGAUGAAGAUAGCUAUAUUUAUUUAAAUGCUGUGAAGGGUCUAUCAGCUAUGACAGAUGCUUAUGGAAAUGAAAUUAUUAAAAAGCUAGGUGAUAUCUACAAAGAUAAUCAACAAAAAUUAGAUAAUCGUUUACGAAUUGGUGAAGCCUUGUUACAAACAAUACAAAGAUGUGGUGAUGCUUUAGGAAAAUAUGUUCAUACACUGAUUGAACCAUUAGAAACAGUUUUAGUAAGAAGACAAGAAGAUAGUCAUCUUCGAGUAUCAGCUUUAUCUAUCCUUAGUAUGGCCUGUCAAACAUGUCCUGUUGCUCUGUCUUAUCAAAUGAGUGAAUUGAUAGAUUGGGUUUUAAACAUUCUAGAAAUUGAAAAGAACGCAGAAGUGAGACGUGGUAAGUCACUUAUUUGGAUAUAAAUCAUUAUUAUCUAAUUAAAAUCUUUAUAAUUAGCGGCUACGGUUUUGAUUCUUUCCUUAUUUAGAGGAUUAGCUUCACAAACUUUAUACGAUUAUCCAACAGAAAGCCUUAGACGAACGUAUAGAACUUUAAGAUAUAUUGAAGAGACAGAUACUGAUGAAUUAACUCGAUAUCAAGCGAGAGUUGCUUUAAGUGAUUUAGAUGCAAUUAUGCGUAGUGAGAUAUUUAAAAACCAAUCAAGUCAUAAUGUCAAAUAUAAAUAAGACUUUAUUUUGUUUUGUUUUUUAUCAUGUAUGUAUAUAUAAAAGGACAGUAUAUAAAUAAUAA